CUUUUUGUGUUUUUCGGGCGGUUUGCAUCAGAAAUUGUGUUUAAUUUUAUUGUAUUAUACAUUCAAAAAUUUGAUAGCCAUUUUCAUAAUAAAUUGAUAGGAAAGUGGUCGGUAUAAAUAAAACAAAUUUCUUUCGAUUAUGGAUCAUUCAAAUAGCGCGCCGCCAACGCACUCCAUAAGCUUUCCGGAAAAAAUUGUUGCUUUCGAAUUAUCAAGUUAUGAGUGGUCUCAGAAUUUGCUGUGCGUAGCGUUGGCCGACAAACUAAUGCUAGGUAUUGUCCGGUUUCCGGAAGAAACUGAAUCGGAGUGUUUUGAGUGGAACCAGAUUAAAGAAGUUCACCAUGAAACACGCUGUCACUCGUUGGCCUUUGCACCACAAACUUCAUUGGCCGUACUACCGAAGGUAGUCAUAAUAUGCACGGCUGGAGCCGAUUUCAAUCUAAGGGUUUUCAACAGUGACCUCGAGAAUGACAAUACGGUACAGAUUCUGCAGGGACAUCGGAAUUAUAUCAACCAGGUCAGCUGGGAUCCAGAGGAAGAAUAUUUGGCUUCCUGCGGCGAUGAUCACAUGUGUAUCAUGUGGAAGUGCAAAGAAAACUAUGCCAAAGGUCCGACGUUCUUUUUUGGUUCUGCUGUUGUAUCGGCCAAGUGGCAUCCAGAUGAGCCAGGGCGGGUACUGAUUGCUGAAAAAUCUGGAAUUGUCCAUCUGUACAAUGUUGAUAAUAAGCUGGCCAUACUGUCCGUAGAAGCCAACAAAAACCCAUUGAACUAUGCCGAUUGGAGUUUAAAUAAUUCGGCCUUGGUAGUUGCACUAGCCGGUGGUGAGUUAGUUUUCUGGGAUUUGAAGAAACCAAGUCGACCUAUAGAGUACAAACGGAUUCACGAAGACUGUGGUCAUAUUGUAAAAUUUUCUCCGCAUUCCGAAACAAUAGUCGCAAGCGUAGGUCGACCCAGAAACUCCCUGAAAGUAAUUCAUGUAAAGAACCAGGUUCCUCAGGUUGAAGCCAAAUUAACUCUUUACGGCGGUCUUUGUUGGCACUAUCAGUUGCCGUAUGUGGUGGCUGGACAAGACCGAAAACUUUGCUUCUGGAAAAUUUCAUGUUAAAUGGUUUUGCGCAAAUGAAAUUUAAUUCAAAGAUUCAAUUUUCCAAUAA